GGGGGAUAACUAUCUUAAAUGGAGAAAACAAGCGCAGCUGCUGCGCCGAGGAAGCCGAAGAACGGUGCCGGUUCCAUCGUCACUGAACGUAGACGACAUCCUCAGUUCUCCAUUCUCCGACGUCGUUCGGUGGAUCAGGAGUCGGGCAAAGUUGACCGUCCCCGCUCGUUCUGCUCUCUCUUUCGUUCGUGAGAUUCUAGAAAGAGAACCAGUCUUCGAAUCAGAUUAAGAACAGGCGUUUGAGGAACGACGAAUUGGUUUGUUGCUCUAGUUCUUCUCUCCGAUUCUGAUCCAUAUUCGUUGCGUUCGAGUCCGCACGAGUUAAUGUUAUCCUCCUCAGAAGAAAAUUCGUAGCACCUCCAUGUUUGUCGUCGAUGGACCCUGCAAUUUCAGACCCAUAAUGUUUCGUUCUUGGCGGCUGUUUUCAUUUGGUGCCUGAAAUAUUUUGUCUCUCAUUCUCUGUGCAUGUGUGGUUUCAGAAGCAUGGGCAGCACAAACAAAAUGCGGGGACCGAAUUGCUGGACUGCUCGAGUGGGAAGUUUCGGUCUUCAACUUAUUUGGCACUUUAUACAUUUUAUUAUCAGCACAUGUUACUUUGUGCUGGGAUUAGCUGAUGCAGUUGAUAGUUAUGUUAUCUCGAGUGGACUGUUGAAGAAAUAUAAUGACCUUAAUCUGGGAAAGCUCCGGUAUCUGGCCAUUGGGGUGGAUAGUGAUGAAGCUCGGCAAACUUCAAAAGUUAUUAAACUUCUGCAGUGGCUGUCUGAUAUUGGCAUGAAACAUGUAUGCCUAUAUGAUGAAGAAGGGGUCUUGAAGAAAUCAAAGGAUGCUAUCUUGGAGAAGUUGAGCCAUGUUAGAUUAUUUGAGGAAACUGAUGAGAAAUUACCCCUUGACAAAAAAAACAUGAACCUUGAACUUGCUUCACCAUCUGAUGGGAAGGAAGCUGUGGCAAAAGCUGCUAAUUUACUUUUCACAAAGCAUUUGGAACUGAAAAGUGCCACAGAGGAUCAGGGGGAGAAUGUCUUUACAGAAGCUAAUAUGUCUGAGGCACUCAGAGCUCUUGGUUGUAGUGGGCCAGAACCUGACCUCCUAUUAGUUUAUGGACCCGCAAGAUGUCACUUAGGUUUCCCUCCAUGGAGGCUCCGAUAUACAGAGAUUGUACACAUGGGACCAUUGAAAUCCAUGAAACAUGGUUCGCUAAUGAAGGCUAUUUACAAAUUCACAUUGGUUCACCAAAAUUAUGGUAAAUGAGACGCCUGCGAGAAGAUGAAGAUCUGGACAAGGCGAGCGACGAUGUAUAAUUGGGCACGACAUUAUUUCACCACAUUCAUAGAUUGAAUGGGCAUAUUCUGUACGAGCACUGAAUGUAUACUGGAAUCUCAGCGAAGAAUACCUAGUCGAUUCUCCUACCUCGUGGUCA